AUGGCGAAGCUCGGACGCGGUGGCUUUCUGGCCAUCGCGGUCAUCUUUCACCUCGUAUACCUCUUUUCCAUUUUCGACAUCUACUUCGUCAGUCCGGUAGUGAGUGGCAUGCGAGCUUACAAGGUUGAACGCAGCCAGGGAACACAGGCGCCAGCGAAAAGACUCGUUUUGUUCGUUGGAGAUGGCCUUCGUGCAGACAAAGCCUUCCAAUCAUUCCCAGACCCAUCACCUGCUGGGUUGGACACCGACUCUACUCCCAAACCCCUGGCUCCAUUCCUUCGUUCUCGAGUCCUAUCACACGGCACUUUCGGUGUUUCACAUACCCGUGUGCCAACUGAGUCGCGUCCUGGACAUGUUGCGCUUAUUGCCGGAUUGUACGAAGACGUCUCAGCUGUGACAACAGGAUGGAAGUUGAACCCUGUCAAUUUUGAUAGCGUCUUCAACAGGAGCAGUCAUACGUGGAGCUGGGGUAGCCCAGACAUACUGCCAAUGUUUAAAGAGGGUGCGGUGCCGGGUCGCAUAGAUGCUGAUAUGUAUGGAGAGGAGGCAGAGGACUAUACCCAAGACGCGACGCAACUAGACACAUGGGUCUUUGAAAAGGUCAAGAGUCUGUUCGCGUCUGCCAAACUCAACUCGACUCUAGACUCUGCGCUCAGGGAAGAGAAGACGGUCUUCUUUCUGCACCUGCUAGGUCUUGAUACCACAGGUCACUCAUACCGGCCCUACUCCAAAGAGUAUCUUCAUAAUAUCAAGGUGGUGGACCAGGGAGUGAAAGAGAUUACCGAAUUGAUAGAAGAAUUUUACAGCGACGGAAAGACGGCUUUUGUAUUCACUGCAGAUCAUGGCAUGAGUGAUUGGGGGAGUCAUGGCGACGGGCAUCCCGAUAACACCAGGACACCUCUUAUUGCUUGGGGUUCAGGCGUUGCCCGACCGAAGAAGUGGGAAAGUGGCAAGGCACAGGGUCAUGAAGAUGGCUUCUCAGCUGACUGGGGCCUCGAUCUUGUCCAGCGCCAUGAUGUUGCUCAGGCUGAUGUUGCAGCUCUCAUGUCGUACCUUAUAGGUCUUGAGUUUCCGGUCAACUCGGUUGGCGAGCUGCCACUCACUUAUCUCGCGGGGGACAUAGAGGAGAAAGCUGAAGCUGCGUUGGCGAAUGCUCAAGCAGUUCUCGAGAUGUAUCGCGUCAAAGAAUUGCAUAAGCAAGCAACAGCCUUUCAUUACCAGCCAUAUAGUGCAUUCAGUACAGAAGAAGAUUCUAUCUACAACAGAACUCGAGCAAUCCGAUCGAUGAUUGAUUCUGGACAGUUUGAAGAAGCCAUACGCCAAUCUUCGGAAGUGUUGCAGCAUGCACUUCAAGGCCUUCGGUAUUUGCAGACCUACAAUUGGCUAUUUCUCAGAGCACUGGUCACUCUAGGCUACCUCGGAUGGAUCGUAUAUGCUCUCACAACCGUCAUUGAUCUACAUGUCCUGCACAGUACAUCACAUACAAAGCGGACUUCUGUCAGCAAUUCUGCAUUCACAUCCCUUCUCAUUAUUCUUUACUCCAGUUUGUUUCUACAAAAGUCCCCAUGGACGUACUAUGCGUACGGCGUCUUUCCCGUCUACUUCUGGGAAGAAGUUUUUGCAAGACGCUCAGCAUUGACGGCAGGGUGUAAAACAAUCUUUAGACAUAUUAGCGGGUUUAGAGGUCAGGCACUGUUUGCCUUUCAGUCUGUGGCUUUUGUUGCCAUUCUUGAAGCCCUUGUACAAUCAUAUUUUCACCGUAUAAUUUUCACGGUCUGUUAUAUUCUUGGGGCCAUAUGGCCAGUCUUCUACGGCACGCAGUUCUUCAAAGAGAACAAAUUGCUUGUCAUAUCUUGGAUGGUCAACUGUCUCAUGCUCAGCACAUUUACUGUCCUGCCAGUUGUGAAGGUUGAAAGUUCAGCUACCAUAUCGGCAGGUGGCAUUCUCAUGGCAGGAACAGGUAUCUUGUACAUGCUCUUCGAACGCAGCAUCAUAUCCGUGUCUCUGGCUCGUGGGGGCACGACAGCAUCCCAUGAUCUUGUUUCACGUUCAGUCAUGGGCAUCCAAGUCGGACUUAUCCUACUUGCAAUCAUCGUCACACGCUCCAGCAUCGCUUCUCUCCAAGCCAAGAAGGGUCUUCCCCUGGGCAAUCAGAUUGUCGGAUGGUUCACACUGAUAGCCUCUUUCGGCCUUCCUUUUGUCCACAGGUUCCGUCCAAACAAGCACUACCUCCACCGCCUGGUUGUCAUCUUCCUCACAUUCUCGCCCUCCUUCGUGAUCCUCACCAUCUCAUACGAAGGACUCUUCUAUUUCGCCUUCUGCACCACCCUGAUCACCUGGAUUCGCCUCGAAAAUCGUAUCUACGCCUUCUCCAACCCGAAACCCAGCUCCCCAACGACAAGCACCAACCGAACCACCACAACCGACGCCCUCUCCACCAAGACCCUCCCACAAUACCGGCCCCUAACCCUCUCCGACCUGCGCAUCUCGCUCUUUUUCUUCUACCUCCUCCAAUCCGCCUUCUUCUCCACCGGCAACAUCGCGUCCAUCUCCUCCUUCAGCCUCGAUGCCGUGUACCGGCUCAUCCCGAUCUUCGACCCCUUCUCCCAGGGCGCGCUCCUCCUCCUCAAGAUCCUGAUCCCCUUCGCCGUCCUCUCCGCCAACCUCGGCAUCCUCAAUCUCCGCCUGGGCCUCGAGCCGUCAGCGCUGUUCAUGCUCGUCAUGGCCGUCAGCGACGUCAUGACGCUGAAUUUCUUCUGGAUGGUCCGCGACGAGGGCUCCUGGCUGGAUAUCGGCACCAGUAUCAGCCAUUUCGUCAUUGGCAGUUUGCUGAAUGUUUUUGUGGCCGGGUUGGAGGGCUUGAGUGGCUGGGUCAUUGGCGGCACCGAGGAGAGGAGUGAGGGUCGUGAGGUUGAUGCGCUCAGUAUGGAGAAAGGAGUGGGACAUACGGCGCAUACGGCUCCUGCUGAAAUAAUGGCAGCUGGGGCAGUCGCUGCUAAUGGCUCGCCUUCUUGA